CUGUUUUCCUGGUCUUACGUUCGUUCUUCAUUUUAAUCAUUUCACUACUUCACUUAGAUUUUAUUUAUUUAUUUAUUUUUUAUAUAGUGUACUUUUUCAUUUUCUUUUUGUCGUAAUAAUAAAAUUGCUUCGUCCUUUUCAACUUCGUUUCCCUCGAGGCAGCAAUGAACGACUUUCCAAAAGGGGUGUCAAGUUGGUUGCUUGGUUCUUCUCCUUGUUUAUUUUGUGUUCGAUGCCAAUGGUUGUUGAGGGCACUGAUAGCCUUCUCUCUCCAAAGGGUGUCAACUAUGAAGUUGCUGCUUUGAUGUCCAUGAAGAAUAAAAUGAACGAUGAAUUGCACGUCUUGAAUGGCUGGGAUAUUAAUUCGGUUGACCCUUGCACUUGGAAUAUGGUUGGUUGCUCUGCUGAAGGUUAUGUCAUUUCCCUGGAAAUGGCCAGUGCUGGUUUAUCUGGAACUCUUUCGUCAGGAAUUGGAAAUUUGAGCCAUCUCCGAACAUUGUUACUGCAGAACAAUCAGUUAUCUGGUCCUAUCCCGGCUGAGAUAGGCAAGUUGUCAGAGCUUCAAACUCUAGACCUUUCCGGUAACCAGUUUGUCGGAGAAAUUCCUAGUUCUUUGGGCUUAUUGUCUCAACUAAGUUACUUGCGGCUCAGCAAAAAUAAUCUAUCUGGACAGAUCCCUCCACUUGUUGCUAACUUGACAGGCCUUUCAUUCUUGGACUUGUCAUUCAAUAAUCUCAGUGGUCCCACUCCAAAAAUUUUGGCAAAAGGUUACAGUAUUUCAGGAAAUAACUUCCUUUGUACAUCUCCUUCAGAACAUUGUAUGGACAUUUCAAAACCACUAAACGAUACAGGAUCAUCUCAGAAAGUCAAGAGUCAUCACCAAAGGGUGAUUUCUGUUGUUGUUGGCAUCAGUUGCACAUUUAUAAUUUCAGUGAUGCUUGUGUGUUGGUUGCAUUGGUACAGAUCGCGCAUACUCUAUACAUCUUAUGUGGAGCAAGAUUGUGAAUUUGAUAUUGGCCAUUUGAAGCGGUUCACCUUCCGUGAACUACAAAUUGCUACUGGAAAUUUCACUCAAAAGAACAUCCUUGGACAAGGAGGCUUUGGCAUUGUCUACAAAGGAUGCCUUACAAACAAAAUGCUGGUGGCAGUGAAGAGGCUGAAAGAUCCCAAUUACACUGGAGAAAUGCAAUUUCAAACUGAAGUUGAGAUGAUCGGCUUGGCUGUGCAUCGUAACCUCUUGCGUCUCUAUGGAUUUUGUAUGACUCCAGAUGAAAGAUUACUUGUUUAUCCCUACAUGCCUAAUGGCAGUGUUGCUGAUCGUUUGAGAGACACAUGCCGAGAAAAGCCAUCUCUGGACUGGAACAGGCGAAUGCGAGUUGCUGUUGGCGCUGCACGCGGGCUUCUGUAUUUACACGAGCAGUGCAAUCCUAAAAUAAUCCACAGAGAUGUUAAGGCUGCAAACAUUUUGCUAGAUGAAAGUUUUGAAGCUGUGGUGGGGGAUUUCGGCCUUGCUAAGCUGUUGGAUCAAAGGGAUUCGCAUGUCACUACCGCCGUGCGUGGUACAGUAGGCCACAUUGCCCCGGAGUAUCUCUCCACUGGACAGUCUUCUGAGAAAACUGAUGUUUUUGGAUUUGGCAUAUUACUUCUGGAGCUCAUAACAGGACAAAAGGCACUAGAUGCUGGGAAUGGUCAAGUACAAAAGGGAAUGAUUCUUGAUUGGGUUAAGACAUUAUUUGAGGAGAAGCGGCUAGAAGUGUUAGUUGAUAGGGAUCUAAGGGGAUGCUUUGAUCCAGUUGAGUUAGAAAUGGCAGUGGAGUUGUCUUUACAGUGCACUCAGUCACUUCCGAGUCUGCGGCCGAAGAUGUCGGAAGUCUUGAAGAUUCUAGAAGGCCUGGUUGGGCAGCCGGCGCAGCCGGAGGAGUCGCAAGGAGGGUCUAACUUAUAUGAAGAAAGAGCAUGCAGUUUCUCCCAAAAUUAUAGUGAUGUUCAUGAAGAACCUUCCUUUGUUAUUGAAGCCAUUGAGCUUUCUGGUCCUCGGUGACAAUGAAGUGUAGCUUAUUAUUCCAUUUUGUAAAUGAAUUUUGCAUUUUAUGAAUAUAGAAAACGUACAUAGAAAUAUAUUUAUUUCCCAUGCUCUCUAUUCUUAACUAGAGCUGGGUCCAUAUGAUCACAAGUUAUUGCAUUUAGUACGAAUUUUCAUGAGUUAUUCGAGUGAAUCUCUGAUAUGUUGAGGUAUUGUACAAUUAUAUGUCAUAUAUCAAAUUAAAUAGUAUAUCUACCGA